AUGUCUGGAAAUGGCACCAAAGACCUGGCCAAAGGCGCCCCAGACCCAGGGAAAGCGUCUACGCCCGGAGAACGUCAGCAGAUGUUGGAGGCUGUCGCCGCCUCUCAAAAGAUUGCAAAAGCACGGGAGUAUGCCCAAAGUCUACGAGACAAGGCUGCGAAGGCCAGGGAUCCGAAAGAGAGGGAGAAGUUCUUCCGCGAGGCGUAUGCCAAAGAGGUCGAGGCACAUGGGGAACAGAGCAAGCUCUCACGACGCAUGCAGUCGGGGACAUGGCAAGGCAUGUUUGGGGGAGGCGGUAUAGGUCUAGGAACCGGACUUGGUUUGGGCGCAGUGGUUGGCACCUUGGUUGGCACGAUUGUCUCUGUGCCGACUACAGCACUGGGGACACUUAUUGGAGCUGGCGUUGGAGCGAUACACGGACCUUGGAUCACUAUUGGCGGUAUCAAGAAGAAGUGGACCGAAGCCUCGCCCGAGGAAGUAGUCGACUACUAUCAAGCAGAAGAAGGAAAGGCUGAGGCUGCACAGCAACAAGCAGGUAUGGCUGCUGAGGGUGGUGGUGACCAGCCUCUGCCUCACGCAGAGCCUACUGGGACCGCUGUCAAGAGAAAGCCCCGCAAGUUGGAAGUGAGGUCGAAAGCAGUUGCAACAGGGUCUGCUCCUGCUAUAGAAGAAGCCCCUACUACCACCGAAGUUCAGAGGCGGAAGCCGAGGAAACUCGACUCCAGGUCUCAAUCGAGAGAUGCAGGUCUUCAGAGAAGUCGAAGCAGCUAUGGGAAGGAGAAUCUAGGCGAGCUACCUCCGACCAAAGAGGCUGAGGAUAGUGGCUAUGCUGAAGAUGGAUGA